AUGUCUGAGCUCUUGGCUUUGCGCAAACAUAUAUUACGGUCCUGGAGACUUCUGCGAGGAUUUGGAGCUCCAUUUGUCUGUCUUGGAAUCGACUUACCUGAUCCUAUUUGUGAAGAGGCACUAGAAAAGGAGUGCGAGGACCUUGAAUACCGGGAAAUUGGAUGGUGGGUCUAUAGAAUACGAGCAUACAUGGAGGUCGAUUGUGCCAAGUGGGAUUGGGAAGGUGCUAGGUGA